AUGCUAAAACCUCCACGUCCGUACCCUAACAGCCCUCGUCCACACCCCAACAACCCCUCGUCCACAACCAUACAGCCCUCGUCCACGUCCACCCACAGCCCUCGUCCACACCCCAACAAGCCCUCGUUCACUAACAACUCCUCGUCCACACCCGACGUCCGCACCCCAAGCCCUCGUUCACCCCAACAGGUCCUCGUCCACCCCCACGUCCGCACCCCAGCAACCCUCGUCACACCCCAACAACUCCUCGUCCACACCCCGACGUCCGCACCCCAGCAACCCCUCGAUCCACACCCACGUCCACACCCAGCAACCCCACGUCCGCAACCCUAA